AUGGUAAAAGGAGAGGGCGCGGAGCAAUAUUCCGCGUCAAAUCUAUUACCAAAAAAAACAAGAAGUCAAGAUGGAAUCAAAAUUGCCAAGCGGCGGGACGAAAGCGGCCGUCUGUCAGUGUGCAGUAAGCUGUGCUAUGCCAUUGGAGGGGCUCCCUAUCAGAUCACUGGCAGUGCUCUGGGCUUCUUCCUCCAGAUCUACCUGCUGGAUGUGGCCCAGCUGGACCCCUUCUAUGCCUCUAUCAUUUUGUUUGUGGGCCGGGCCUGGGAUGCAGUGACAGACCCAACUGUGGGCUUCCUGGUGAGCCGGAGCAGAUGGACCCGGUGUGGCCGGAUGAUGCCCUGGAUCCUCAUCUCCACUCCCUUUGCAGUACUCGCGUACUUCCUGAUCUGGUAUGUCCCUCAAGUGGAGCAGUGGAAGGUCCUGUGGUAUCUGAUCUUCUACUGCCUAUUCCAGUCUCUGCAGACGUGCUUCCAUGUGCCAUACUCAGCGCUCACCAUGUUCAUCAGCACGGACCAGAAAGAGAGAGACUCUGCCACGGCCUACCGUAUGACGGUGGAGGUGCUGGGCACGGUGGUUGGCACAGCGAUCCAGGGGCAGAUUGUGGGUGGGGCGAUCGCACCCUGUCUCCCGGGUGACCUGGAUGUCCUUGACAACAGUAACACCACACUGCUGGGGUCAGACGUCAACAUCUCCCACAUAUCCCUGGAUGACACGAAACGAGCCUACCUCAUCGCCUCAGCAGUCAUCUGUGUCAUGUACGUUCUCUGUGCAGCAGUCCUGUUCCUGGGCGUCAGAGAGCAGGAAGAGUGUGGGCGUCUGAAGACAGAGCCCAUGUCGUUCUUUGAGGGCAUGAGGAUGGUGAUGGGAUAUGGGCCGUAUGUCAAACUGGUCAUGGGAUUUCUCUUCACGUCGCUGGCCUUCAUGCUCCUGGAGGGGAACUUUGCCCUGUUCAUCAGCUACACCAUGGGCUUCAGAAAUGACUUCCAGAACAUUCUCCUGGUCAUUAUGCUCUCUGGGACUUUGUCCAUUCCAUUCUGGCAAUGGUUCCUGACCAGAUUUGGGAAAAAGACUGCAGUCUACAUUGGCAUCAUGUGGGCAGUGCCCUUCAUGAUCCUGAUCGUCUGCAUAGAGAGCAGUCUGAUUGUGGCCUAUGUGGUCUCUGUGGCAGCAGGAGUCAGUGUGGCUGCAGCUUUCCUCCUACCCUGGUCAAUGCUUCCAGAUGUGGUGGAUGAUUUCAAAGUGAAGAAUCCAGACUCUAGUGGCCACGAGGCCAUUUUCUACUCCUUCUAUGUCUUCUUCACCAAGUUUGCCUCAGGAAUCUCCCUUGGCAUCUCCACUCUCAGUCUCGACUUUGCCGGCUAUGUGACAAGAAGCUGCUCGCAACCUGAUGCAGUGAAUUUAACCCUGAAGGUGCUGGUCUCAGCUGCUCCUGUUGUUCUGAUAUUCCUAGGGCUGUUGAUAUUCAAGACCUACCCCAUCGACGAGGAGAGGAGGCAAGGCAACAGGAAACUACUGCAGGAGAUGCGGGACAGCAAUCAGGAUUCCGAUACAGAGCUUGGGAGCGUUGUGUAG